AUGCAGCUCGCUCGCCGUGUCUCCGGUGCCCGCGUUGCCACCCGCAGCACCGCUCGCCCCGCCCCCGUGAGCCGCAGCCGCUGCACCAAGGCCAUGGCCUACAAGGUCACCCUCAAGACCCCCGGCGGCGAGCAGACCAUCGAGGUGGCUGACGACGUCUACAUCCUGGACGCCGCCGAGGAGGCUGGCCUGGACCUGCCCUACUCCUGCAGGGCUGGCGCCUGCUCCAGCUGCGCCGGCAAGGUGGAGGCCGGCACCGUCGACCAGAGCGACCAGUCCUUCCUGGAUGACUCCCAGAUCGGCAACGGCUUCGUGCUGACCUGCGUGGCCUACGCCACCAGCGACGUCACCAUCUCCACCCACCAGGAGGAGGCUCUGUACUGA